AGCAUCUUCAACAUCUCUUAUCCAAUUACUACUACCACCAUCGCCUCUUUGCUUUCUGCUGUUGUUGUUUCUUUCUAAUUAGCUCUCAUCUCAUACUAACAACAAUGUUGGCGUCUUCGCUAUGCCUAUCGAACGCUCCCGUUUGCACUCACUCUCUUCCUAAUGUCUCGUCCCAGCCACUCCUCUCUUUCUCCCGUUCCCUCAGGCCAUUCGUUUCCAAGUCCAAACCUUUGGCCUCGCAGCAGAAGAAGAGAGAGAGCUCUGUGGUGGUGAAAUCACAGGCUCUUGAUUUCUCAGGCACUUUCUUCGAAGGUGGAUUCGGCUCCGACGAUGACCCUUCUUCCCCUUCCGUCUCUACUGCCCUCGAGGACAAACCCGAACCUCAGUGCCCACCUGGUCUCCGACAGUACGAGACAAUGGCCGUCUUGAGACCCGACAUGUCUGAAGAUGAGCGCCUUGGUCUCACCCAGAAGUACGAAGAGUUGCUUGUGGCUGGGGGUGGAAUGUAUGUGGAAGUAUUCAACAGAGGAGUGAUUCCAUUGGCUUAUAGUAUCAGGAAGAAGAACAAAGCAGGAGAGACUAACACUUACCUGGAUGGUAUCUACCUUCUCUUCACUUACUUCACCAAACCUGAAUCCAUCACUCCCCUCGAGUCCGUUCUGACUGCCGACGACGACGUUAUCAGAUCUUCUUCUUUCAAGAUCAAGAAGAGGAAGUACAACUGAAAAAGACCAUCGACGUUGUGUGUGUGUGUAUGUGACCAAAGUUUGAUUCUUUUUUUUAUUUCUGUGUUUCUUUCCAACAAACUUACAAAAGUAAAUCUAUCUUUAUUUGGUUGUGUUUGUGUA